UAUUUGCUGUUAUGGUGGUCGCUUUGCUGUCGGAAGUCACCAUGCCUACACAGGGGGCACGAUUCCGUCGCCCUGGCCCUCUGGUUCUCGACUUCCUCCGCUACCGGAAGCCUCUUUUCCUGGUUCUCGUCCCUUCUCAAGCACCGAGCUUGUCUGUUCUGAAGUAUGGAGGUGGCCCUCGUUGGGGCCUUGAUCACUAAUUUAUUCCUACAGCUGUGAAAUAUCGAUCCACCGUAGGCUCUUUUGGAUUUCCGCGCCAUUCUGCAUUCGGGCGCUUGAGCGCAUGCAGUGGCUUGAGGAGUGCGGCGUUGAGGUUGCUGCUUUGGUUUUGUAGAAGGCCAGUGGAGCUCGUGAUGAAUUUUACGCUAUCCAGGGAAUCUGUUCUCUUUGUAUUCGUAAUACUCUGUUGGUCGUGGGAGCAGAUGAAGUGUUUGCUGAUUUGAAUCCGUAGUGGUGACGUUCAGAAGGUACUACUGUCAUUGAAGGCGAAAGGGAGCUUUCAGCCACGUCGCUUGCUGUUGGAAUCUGUUGAUUCUGGCGGACGAGACAGUUGUUGCCCCCGUUUUUGCAUUUAGGCAGAAGUUUUAGACUUUCAGAAGUUACCAUCCGUUGGAUCCUCUUUGCUCUACGUUGACUGUGGUGGCUAGUUGCCAAGACGCGGUGGGAUAUGUUCACUUUGAGUUCCUGUGUGGUCGUUAGGCGCGUGAAUGCGAGGGCCUGAUUUAGGGAACGAUGCAGAAUGUUUCAAGAGAUCUGCAGGCGGCUCUUAGAGGUUGUAGUGCAAAGGAGCAAAAUCAGCAGGAGUUGCUGGAUCGAGUGACACAGGAGAGAGCAAUCGGUUCUCUUGUCCAACGGGGUGAUGUCUCGGCCUUGGUUGUUCAGAGAAUUUGGAGGGGUCGCACUGUUGCAAGAAAAGUUGCUGCCCAAGCUCGCGUUGAAUGGGAUGAGAAAUUUCUAUCACGACAUUCUGAGGAUGAAUCCCCAGUUUCCGCUAACGUUAUCUCUAAUCAAAUCCUGCGUCCCCUCUUCAUGAUACUGAAGCCGUCAAGUCCUUUCAAUCUGCGUCAGAUCGCUGAAGAUGCUGGCCGACUUACAACAUGUUUUCGACUACUCUUACAAAGCAUUCACAAUCCAGAUAUGCGAUUCAACUAUUGCAAUUUAUCUGUUGGGUCUCCGGAAGAAAUGUCGAAAUGGAUGUAUCAAGCAAGAGAACUUCUGAGGCUUGCUUGUGCUGCUUUGCAAAAGGAGAGUUAUGCAGAUCAGAAAGGGACGAAAACAAACCAUUUAGCUCAAGCCGACUCCAACUUAGCAAGAUUAGCAAUACAAGUGAUGGUUUCAUUAACGGACAGUAGCACAUGGAAGUGUUUGGGUGGUCCAGAGCAAGUGGUUAGGAAGCGGAAAGCAGACCUUGUGGUACUGAGUCUGCUGGAGUGGCUUGCAAGUGAAAGUGCCGGUUUUUUCUUAGCUGUUCGGUCAUAUAUAUUAGAAAAUUUCCUGGUUCCAGGGAUUAAGAAUCAAGAAGUUAGUCCUUGUGGGAAGGAAGACAAGCUUAUUAUCACUGCCUUGUUGAGACCCCUGCUUGUACUGUCCGCCGAGUGUAGAAAGGACGGAAAAGGUGCUGAGAACUCGAAAAAUUACAAGGACUACACAUUCGCAGCAGAAAGAGCAGCUGCACUAUUCUCUGUGCACAUUCUCACCAUUCCUUUUCUCACGCAGCGUCUUCCUCAGCCGCUAUUGCCAGCUUUGCAAGACCCUUUAGUUUUGUCUCCAUGCCUGCGGUUCUUCGAGGUGCCUAUCAGGGAUCCACCUCAAAUUGUAACAGCUACCUCUGUUUUACCCUGCCUUCCAUCAUUCCAAGGAAGAGUUGAUUGCGAGUUAGUAGAUGUUCCUCUUUCAGCAUGGGCUCUGUCCAAUGUUGUGUGUCUUGCUUCCCAUACUCUGAAACACAACCCUCGAUUUAUGAAGAGUUCACCAUGCCAAAAAUACGUUCAAGCCUUAUGUUGCCUUUUAGAGGACUUGAAUAUGUGGAUCGAAACUAUAAGGAAAAGGAGGGAAGCUGAGAAGAGUGUAAGUGAGGAGGAAGGCGACAAGGAUGUUGAAAACACUAAAAAUGUUGUGAUUGGGGAUGUGAUUUCAAAAUCUUGUGAGGGGAUCAUUAUUCAGUUGCUUGUGGAAAGCCUAAGCCCCUUACAUCAGCAAUGGCAUCUUGUGGAACUCGUGGAGAAAGCAACUUUUAACCAGUCCACUCCUAUGGUGUUCAUAUCUGUUGCAAAAGGAUCAAUCAAGGGUGCCAAGGAGAAGCUUUUCACUCUAUCAGAUGUAGCAAAAAUAUAUUCCAUUCUGCUGCAAGUUUUUGCGGUCCUGAAUCCCUUCGGAGGAGCUUUACCCAUUGUCAACCUUAUUGCCUUCACUCCUUCGAUUGUUCCCCUUCUUUGGAGUUGGCUCCAUGCCUCACCUGGCUUGGCUCACUUGUUGAAGUUGAAUCUUCAAGAGCAGGGUAAUGCUAAGCAUCAAUUGGAAACCCAAGCAAUUCAAGCAGAAAAGGCGAUUCUUAUUCGAACGGGGGUUGGAGUUUGGGCUGCUGUUUUAGGAUUGAGAAACAAAUUAACAAGACAUGAUGCUGCCCUAGAAAGAAGGGCUGUGAACGAACGCACAGAAACAAGCAGAUCAGCUGACGUUGGAUCCUAUAGGAGUGGUACUCGCAUUGACCCGGAGCUGGCUCGAAGAUGGGCUGCUGAAAUUCGAGAUAUGAGAACGAUCUCUAAUAGUCCAAGUAGGGCUAGUGGAUCAAAUGAGUCUCUCGGUAUGUCGAAAUCAAUUAGAGAUAUGAAGACUGAAGGUAAUGUGGCACCUCAGAUCACAGAUAUGGACAAUGUGAAGAGCGGUUCCGAAUGUGUGCCCGAGGAAGUGCUACCUGUGUUGCUGUUGUUUUGUGAAGCUUACUCACAUUUUUUGUUUGUUUUAGAUGAUGAAGACUUUUAUGAGCGUCAGGAACCGUUCACACUCGCGCAACAAAAGGUUAUAUCAGGCAUGCUCAAUACUUUAGUGUACCAUGAGUUGUUGUCAACUUGUAAGCGAAGUAAUUUUCUUCUUAUGGAUGUUGCAAUCAAAUGUGUAAAACCUUUAUACGAAAGGGAUUGCCGGCGUAGCUUUUGUCCUCCAUAUCUUUGGAUUGCUCCAGCUGUUGCGACACAGCUCCCUUCUCGUGCUGCAGCAGGUGCCUCAGAGGGGAACGGCUGUAAGUCUUCACAGAUGGCAGCCUUAGGGGCUAUCCUGAGAACAAUUCCUCACGUACUCUCAUUUGAAGAGAGAGUGCACAUAUUCCGUGAGUUUGUGCGAACCGAUAAGCUACUGAAGGGGAUGGAAGGAGGUACCGUAAGUCCAGUUCCAGGAACAAUCUCAAUAGUUGUUAAAAGGGACAAUCUUUUUGAGGAUGGACUUGCUCAACUGAACCCAUUGGGGCCCAGAUUGAAAUCCUGCAUUAAUGUUUCUUUUGAGAACGAGAGUGUACUUGCGGCGGCAGAUCUUGACCAUGGUGGUUCAUUGAAAGAGCUCCUCACUGAUCUCGCCAAUACAGCCUUUGAUCCUGAAUAUGGUCUUUUUGUUCAAACAGCGACAGAUGGCUUGCUUUUACCUCGCGCUGCUGCCGGAAAUCUUGAUUCUGAAUUACGAAAACUGAAAUUUCUAGGGCAAAUUGUUGGGAAAGCACUGUAUGAGGGAAUUCUGUUAGAGCAUUCCCUCUCACCACUCUUUAUUUCAAAAGUUUUAGGUCGAUGUAGCUUCCUUGAUGAUCUUUCAAGUGAAGACUCAGAGCUUCACCGAAAGCUUGUUUAUCUCAAGAAAGCUAGCGAAGAUGCUCAGGACCUGAAACUCAACUUUACUGUAAAAGAGGAUCUGUUUGACGAGCAUUGGAUCGUGGAGUUGCAGCCUGGUGGAGCUGAUAUACCUGUGACAAAUGAAAACAAACUGCAGUAUGUGAAUUCCGUGGUUAACCACAAACUUAACCGGCAGAUGAAACCUGUGACAGCUGCAUUUGUAAGAGGCAUGGCAGACCUUAUCGAUCCUGAGUGGCUUGGACUUUUCAAUGCUAAGGAAUUCAAUCGGCUGGUGUCAGGAGGGGACCAUGAUUUUGACGUGGAUGACUUGCGCAUACAUACCUGCUAUGCCAAUGGCUAUUCGAAGUCCAGUCUAACCAUUAAAAUAUUCUGGGAGGUAGUCCGAGAGUUUGAAGAGGAGGAAAGAUCUGCACUUUUAAAAUUUGUAACCGGCUGUUCGAGGCCACCUCUUUUUGGCUUCGAGUAUUUGCAGCCUGCCUUUACAAUAGAGAGGGUAGUUAGUGAGACGUCAGCAUGGGCCAAGAUCUUUGGUCAGGAUGUGAACUGUUUGCCGACUGCCUCUACUUGUAACAACACCUUGAAGCUUCCUAUGUACAAGAGAGCGAGCUUUUUGAAGGAAAAGUUGCAGUGUGCCAUGAAAUCAAGCACAAGGUUAAAACAUCCAUAACUGUAUUGCACCCAUGAAAGACUUUUAGGCGUGAUAUUUUAUUAGUGAACGAGUAAGCAAGUGGUGGAAUUAAGCACUAUCUAGUGAUGGUAAGAUGUACAAAAUUUGAUCUUAGCUAGGAAUUUUGAUAUUUUCUUACAUACGAAACAUUUCUUUUUUGCACUAACACUAGGUAUGGUAUUUGCUACCUUUUUGUGUUUCAUUGAAUGGUAUGAAGUAUCUGUAUACAAUCCUUUGAGGAUAAUGUUAUAAGAUCACUUCAGACAAGCCUCUAUGUUGCCAAACUAGUCUGAGACAGAUUAGGUCAAAACUUGGACAGCUUAGAAAUUAAAGAUUCUGAUUCACAUUACGAAUGUAAAAAAUUCCAGCUAAGGUGGAAUGAAACAAUUAUAUUGUAUAUUCUUUGAAGACCUAAUUCUUUUUUCAAGACAAGUUUUCA